GCUCCAUUCCGUGCAUUCGUGUCGUCGUUGAUGCCACCUAUACAUCUGAGUAAUCACGGACUGACCCUUUCAGCAAACAAUGGCCACCUCCCAGCCCAAGAUCCAGAACAUAUCCUACCACACUCCGGAGUUCCUAGCCCGCUACUACAUUGCUGAGAAGCUCACCGGUCCCUUCGUUGCACCUCUGAUCACUCACUCGCGCAUCAGCCAGCAACUCCAGUCCAAUUCUCGUGUGAUCCUGGACAAUGCCUGCGGAUUGGGUAUAGUAUCGAGCAUCCUGAACCGCACGCUUGACGACAACGCCAAGAGCCGCUGGAGCUUGACAUGUGGCGAUCUGAACGAGACGAUGAUUGAAUCCACUCGGAAACGUAUUGCACUGGAGAAAUGGCCCAAUGCGGAAGCCAAGGUGGUGGAUGCGCAAAGCACUAGCUUUCCAGAUGAGUUUUUUAACGAUGUUUUUGCGGCUUUUGCAUUUACCUUGUUCUCUGAUCCAGAGGCAGCGAUGGAUGAAUGCUACAGAAUUCUAAAGCCUGGUGGAACGCUUGCGAUUUCGACCUGGAAGAGCCCUACCUGGAUGUCUCUGCUAAGGGCUGCGGUCACCGGCAUGUCUGAGGACCUGAAGUUCCCAACCAUUGAGGAGUUUCUGGCUAUGCACAAUGUGGGAUGGGACUCGGAACCAUUCGUUAAGUCACAACUCGUUAAGGCAGGGUUCAAGGAGGUUGAGGUGAUCGCUGUGACGGAACCGAUCCAGCUCCCGAUUUCUGAAUUUGUGGAGCUGUCGUCAAGUAUGCUUAACAUGGUUAUAGAAAAGUGCUGGACUCAGGAACAGCGAGGACAGUACCAGACGGAAGCACCCGUGGCGGUGCAGAGGUAUCUGGAGGAGCGAUUCGCAGCAGAUGGGCUAGUGAGGAUGAAUCCAUCGGCUAUCAUCGCGACAGGGAGCAAGUGA